AUUUUCGUCGAUAACAGCUAAUUCUGGGGCAUGAGGAAAGACGAGAAAGACUUCGAAUGGAUCAACGACUGGAUCAAUGGCUUAAACUACUUCUUCUUCAACGCUUCUCCUGCGGUUGCCUUAGCUGCAGGGUCAAUUCGGUUAGCUCAUCACACUGGAUCUCUAUUCCGAUCUUUAGCUACCAUCCCUGACGUUGGUUGAUUUGCCACAUCUAGUAGGGGUCUGAAAG